AUGACGUCACCAGACGACCGAGCCCUCGAGGAGCUUCUGUGCUGCAGCGAGCUCGUUGACGAGGCAGCAGAGAUGGAGGAGAGCGCUGCGGGAGACAAUACUCCGGCAGCCAUUUCUCUGCAGGAGCCAAUGACGUGCGCCGGCUGUAGCGAGCAGGUGUGCGACCGCUUCUUCCUAUUGGCUGCUGGCAGCGUCUGGCACAGCGAGUGUCUCCGCUGCAGCCGGUGUCAGUGUGAGCUGCAGACGCAUCCAUCGCUCUACUGCAGGGACGGAAACAUCUACUGCCAGCAGGACUACUGCAGGAUGUUUGGCGGAGGUCAGUGCGCUCGCUGCUUUCAGCCAAUCCCGGCUUCUGCUCUGGUCAUGAGGUCUGGUGAGCUGACGUUUCAUCUGCACUGCUUCUCCUGCGAGGAGUGUGAUGUCACAUUAGUGCCGGGCAGCCUGUACUGCUUGCAGGGUCAGAACCUUUACUGUCAGGAACAUUAUCACAGCGAUGGGAGCGUCUCGCUGCCUCACAAUCCUCCGUCUGACCCAAACCUGAAAGAAGGUGAGAACGGGGACGAGUCCGUCAGCAGUCCUGAGCCCCGAUUGGACGACAGGGCGACAGGUGGGCGGACCUGCAGGCGGACCAAACGAAUCAGGACGUGUUUCGGCAGCGAGCAGCUCAGAGCGCUGGAGUCGUAUUUCAGCCAGAAGCACAACCCCGACGGAAAAGACUGGACCUGCCUCACACACAAGACGGGGCUGCCCAAGAGAGUCCUGCAGGUGUGGUUUCAAAACGCUCGGGCCAAGUUGAGGCGCUCCCUCUCCACCGACGACUCUCAGGUUCACUCCCCAUCCUCUCCCCUGAGAGGGGUCGCCGCGGCAACCGCCUCCCCGCAUCCAGCCCGCUCCCCUGACGACCAAUCGCAGCCUUUCUUCCCCACCAGCACCAGCACCAUCGACCAGCUUCAGCUCUCCCUGCUGACCGCCCCGCUCAGGCGCCAGCAGCAAAACCCCGCCUUAUUCCUAGAUUACGACUCCCAGAGUGCACCUGGGUAUAAUUCCUCUCUGGAGCCCUUCGGGGACUUUGGGGAGGAUGGAGGAGGAGUAGUAGAGAGACAAGCUGAUCCUGAAGUUGAUCCUUUUAGACCACAUUACUGUUAG